CCACAACACAGGCUCACAGUCACACUGCAAAGCCGCAGCCCAGGCACAGACCUAGUCUAGGUGCGCCGUAGUGGGAGGAGUAGUAUUGUAAACAUUACCGCCUACACUACACCUACAGGUACAAGUACAACACUUCUUUCUACGCAGUACAACCACUCCGGAUCCGGGACAAGAGUAAGAGGGGACCAGACGGGAACCAGAGCAGCAGAUAGAGGCAAGGUAGUGAUACAGCCUUUGAAAUACAGGUGCUCGGGUCUCGAUGGCACAUAACAACAGAGAGAGGUCCUCUGCCCAGGAAAGAGAUUCCUGGUGGGCAAUGGGGCUUAAGGCUGCGGCAGGUCUUGGUGUACUUUCAGCAAGUGCCAUCCUCGCAGCAGAAGCAUACAAAGCAACAAAGCAGAGGGAAAAAUACAAUGCCCAAGCUCACCACCGUCAACGUCAGCAGCAGAUGGCAGCAUCUUCCUCUGCUCAGGUAGAGAGCUGUAGUGAUGAUGGAGAAGAAGAUGAGAAAGAGCCAUAUGCAUCUGGUUGCCGAACCUGUGAUUGGUCAGAUUACGAGGAAGUGGAUUCUGAUGAUUAUGAAGAAGCUGCUGCUCAGGAACAUGCAAAUGUGCGAAUGUUACCCGUUAAUUCCGAUGUGCCAACCACAAGUGGAUUACCUCUCAAAACAAGGUUGGAGAGCUACUACACAAGCUAUGUCCUACCUAAUGAGGAGAGGCAGCAAUCCGAAAGAGAAGACCUGAAGCCAUUUAAAACAUUCUUCAUGAAGUUUGUGAAACAACAUGGAAAUAACCUCCCCAUCCAGAAUGCCUUCUUUGCUGGGGACAGGUCUCAGGUUACCAUUGUCAAAGCCUAUGAUGCAUCCACCAAAUUACUUGUGCUUCCUAUUGAAAUGAACCCCCACACUUGGGAGUAUGAAGAUGCUCGACAUUCUGUUCUGAAGGCACCUGGGUACUUCCUGGUAAGACGGAUCAAUCUGGACUUCAUCCCAAAAGGCCAGGAUCCUUGGGACAAGUUUAUGGUCGGAAACUAUCUCUGCCCUGCAUAUGUGCUUCGCCAUCUACAAAGGCUUCUGGCUAGCAGUAUCAAUGAAUUCUGCAAGAUGUCCCCGGGAGAAGAACCAAGUGUGACCAUAGAAGCUAAAAUCUAUGCCAAACUUGGUCCCAGACUUGUGACCCUGUCAUCGUCUCCAUUCUCUCCACGUCCUUCCGGUGUUAUGGAUGAUGAUGAAUAUGAUGAAGUAGAAAGUAUGGAGUUGAAUCUUCGUCCUGAUACUAAUCUUUGGAUGUGGUGCUUCAAUGAGUUUGUGCUUGAGAUGCUACAUGAGCUUGAUGGAUCAGAUGGGGGAUGCAGGAUGAAGUGUUUGGCCAUCAUGGAAGUCCUGAGAGUCAACAACUCAAAACUUCAAGUGCUCUCUCAUGCUCACCUACUAGCCAUCAUGUACAUCGCUUGUGUCGAAGAAACAGAGUGGGAUGAACAGAUGUUGGCAGAACGGUUCUUCGAUAUCCUAGUGAUCUUGACAAGGUGCCUUUCCAACCAUGAUCUUCCGCAUCCAAGGGAUCAGAGUGUGAACUGUUUCCUGGAUCUUCCAUCCUGGGCUCUCCAGAGGAUACGGAAAUGGCUGAAGAGCAUAUUAAAGAACCCCAGAAAGAUAAGUGGUAUGCUGAAGCAUAAGUACUGAGUGACAGUUGUCAAAUUGUUCUGAAACUGUACUCUCAAUUAGAGACAGACGAUUAACUGAAUAAGGAAUGUUUGCUUAAGAGUCACUCUGAAGAUUCAAGUAAAAAGAGUUGGAUUUUUACAUUACAAAGACUCUGAUGAUAGAGUCUUUCUUAAAAAUAGAAGAACCAGAUUGAUCAAUGCAAUUUGAUGGCUCUUUCCGAAGUUCAGAGUGAAUUAUCCGUUUGCAGUGUCAUCCAUUUUGGACAAAGCAUGUUACAGCUAGUCCAGCUAUUUAUUUACUUCAUGAGUGGAUUGAAGGGUUUAUUGUCAUGUUAAGAAAAUAUUACUCUUCAUGAAUCCUUUGUUCUGAAUGAAAAUUCCCUAAUAAAUACCGGUAAACUUUUGUCAAUACAAAAAAAUAUAUAAACCUCUCUUGAUCAAAUCAAGGUGCUUUAUAUACAGGAAAAUGGAAGAGGAAUUAAUUAAUAGAACACUUGAUGACACACAUGCAUGUGAAAUAGUUAUGCUACCUUUUAAAGAAGCAUAUAAGCUUAAGGUAAAAUCAGGAAAAGACUCUGUUUUUAAGAGAAAAACUAACAGGGUAACAUAUCAUGUGCAGUUUAUAUACAUGACUAUAUUGCACCGUUAUUACAACAAGUACAUCCUUAAACAUUUCUUGAGAAACAAGAACGUGCUGUUCUUUACAUGUAUAGUGUAUGCCAGUUUCAGUAUAGCCAUGUACCUUUUGUGUGUUCAUAUUAAUAUGCAAAACAAAAUUUGUUGAAAGUUGCUGGUACUGAAUAUAAACCAGAAAGUAUUUAAGGUUAUAUUUGAGUGACUACAUAGUGAUCUGCUCACUGCUUUACAUUCAGAAUUCGCCAUUUCUCUUAAUACCAGCUGAAUUGAAGUUGUAAAUUUAAUGUUGUAUUUUUAUUAUGAAUAUUAAGUACAUUUUA